ACCAAUAGAAUUCACUAUUUGAUUCGCACAUGUCAAACAAAAAGAAUCAUAACCUAAACUUUAUUUGCGGUUUUCGAAAAUUUCAUAUUUCUCACGUUUUCAUUGAAUUAUUUAAUUAAAAAUUACUUUUUUUAUGAACAUACAAUAAUGUCUGACGACGAUAUGGAUGUCGCAAACGUUGACGAAUGUGAAAAUGAUGAACAAAUGGUAGAUAGUGCUGAUAGGAAUGAAAAUGAAUCCAAUCAACCUGGACCUGCUGAUCAAUCAAAUGAAGUCUAUCUACCAGGCCGGCCCUUAGAUGAAGGUGAAGAACUUGUCUGUGAUCAGAGUGCAUAUGUUAUGUACCAUCAGGCCCAAACAAGUGCACCUUGCUUGAGUUUUGAUAUAAUUAAAGAUGGUUUGGGUGAUAACAGAGAAAGUUAUCCCAUGACUGCAUUUAUUGUGGCUGGUACACAAGCACCUCAAGCUCAUACGAAUCAUGUUAUUGUUAUGAAGUUAUCCAAUUUACAUAAAACAAACAAUGAACCUGAAAAUGAAGAUUCUGAUGAAGAGGAUUCUGACAAUAACCCCAAAAUGGCAGGUGCAUUGAUAAAACAUCAAGGAUGUGUUAAUAGGGUCAGGGCAACUACCCUCAAUAGUUCAAUUGUGGCUGCUUCCUGGAGUGAAUUAGGGAGAGUGAACAUUUGGGACUUGUCUCUACAACUACGUACUGUAGAAGAUGAUCAGUUGCUGUCAAAAUACAAUAAAGAAAACAAGGCAAACUCUAUAACCCCACUUUUCACAUUCAGUGGACACCAAAAGGAAGGAUUUGCUUUAGACUGGAGUCCUGCAAUGCCAGGAGUUCUAGCUACAGGUGACUGUAAAAGAGACAUUCAUAUUUGGCGACCAGCUGAAGCAGCUAGUUGGACAGUGGACCAGAGACCCUUACUAGGCCACACAGAUUCUGUGGAAGAGAUCCAGUGGUCACCAAAUGAAAGAAACGUCCUAGCAUCUUGUUCAGUAGAUAGAAGCAUCAGAAUAUGGGAUACUAGAGCCCAACCUAGUAAGGCAUGUAUGCUUGCUGCAGAAAAUGCUCAUCAAACUGAUGUCAAUGUGAUAAAUUGGAACAAGAAUGAACCCUUUAUUGUGAGCGGAGGUGAUGAUGGAUUUUUGCAUGUAUGGGAUUUGAGGAAGUUCCAAACCAAAACACCCCUGGCUACUUUCAAGCAUCAUACAGAAUCAGUUGUAUCUGUGGAGUGGCAUCAAACGGAUUCUGCCGUGUUUGCUUCAGCUGGCUCUGAUAACCAGAUAGCCCUGUGGGAUUUGUCAGUAGAGAAAGAUACAGAAGAAGGAAGUGAAGAUGUAGAGGGUCUGCCACCACAGUUAUUGUUCAUUCAUCAAGGCCAAAAUAAUAUCAAGGAGCUGCAUUGGCAUCCUCAACUACCAGGUGUUAUCAUCAGCACUGCAGAGAGUGGUUUUAAUAUAUUCAGGACAAUAAGUUCACAAGGCCUUGAGUUUAUGUAGUAAAAUUGUCUAUCUGUUGUACUCCUACCACUACCAUGAGUUACACUGGAUAUGAGAAACUCAAAAGAAAAUGGAAGGUCACUUUCUUCUGGGGACUUGAUUCCAAAUUCAUUCAAAAUCAAAUCAUCAGGUAUGAUCUCAUGGACAUCUAUUAGAGCAGAUAUUUGUUUUGCCCCAAAAAUGUUGAUAAUAUUUUCACGAACUGUGUUUUUACCAUUAGUAGCUAACACUACACUUUUGGACCCACUACUGGCUAUGUUAGUGCAAUUAAACUUUAUUCCCUUUGAAACCAAGCAGUAGGCAUGAAGAAGUUGGCACAUUUUGCUGAAUUCCCUCUUGAGGUGCUUCAUGAAUUCUUUUCGCCUGACAGGUAAUGUUGAGAACAGUUUCUCCAAUGUCACUGUUGUGCCACAUUCUCUUGCUAAGGAAACUUGACUUUUCACUUUUCCAUUACAAUCAUAAGUGAUUUUUGUAGCAACAUUUUGUGAAUGAUGUCUUGUAGUUAUCUCUAGAUUAGAUAAUGCACACAAGGAACUGAGUGCUUCACCUCUAAACCCCAAUGUCCCAAUAUUCUCCAAGUCACUGA